CCUCGUCUUCUGCGGAGCUUCUAAAUAAACGCUUUAAAUAUGACAACCCCCGAGGCACGACCACCGAUGGACGAUGAACGCAUCAAGGCGCUGACAAACUACCGCACCAAGUUACUGGAGCAUCGGGAAAUCGAGGCGCGCUUGAAAAACCUUCGGGACAAGCACAAGAUUCUCAGUGCCCAGUUCGAGAAGUCUGAGGACGAUCUGAAGGCCUUGCAGAGCGUUGGCCAGAUGCUGGGCGAGAUCCUCAAGCAGCUCACGCCGGACAAUUUUAUUGUGAAAGCUUCGAAUGGACCGCGUUAUGUGGUGGGCUGUCGUCGCCAGAUAAACAAGGCCAAACUAAAGCCGGGAACACGUGUGGCCUUGGACAUAACCACGCUGACCAUCAUGCGCUAUCUUCCGCGCGAGGUUGAUCCUCUCGUGUAUAACAUGACUCACGAGGAUCCUGGCAAUGUCAACUAUACCGAAAUCGGAGGACUGAGCGAGCAGAUUCGGGAGCUGCGCGAGGUGAUUGAGCUACCUCUUCUCAAUCCGGAAAUCUUCUUGCGUGUGGGUAUCAGUCCACCCAAGGGCUGCCUCCUUUACGGGCCACCUGGCACCGGAAAAACCCUGCUGGCCCGUGCCAUUGCUUCUCAACUGGAUGCCAAUUUUCUAAAGGUGGUUUCUUCGGCCAUUGUGGACAAGUACAUUGGGGAGAGUGCCCGCCUGAUUCGGGAGAUGUUUGCCUACGCUCGGGACCAUCAGCCAUGCAUUAUUUUCAUGGACGAGAUUGAUGCCAUUGGCGGGCGGCGUUUCUCUGAGGGCACCUCCGCCGAUCGCGAGAUCCAACGCACUCUGAUGGAGCUGCUUAACCAGAUGGAUGGUUUCGAUGCUCUGGGUCAGGUUAAAAUGAUCAUGGCCACCAACAGACCGGAUACCCUAGACCCGGCUCUACUCCGUCCGGGGCGUUUGGACCGCAAGCUUGAGAUCCCCUUGCCAAAUGAGGUGGCUCGCAUGGACAUCCUUAGGAUACACGCUGCUCCUUUGGCAAAACGUGGUGAGGUCGACUACGAGGCCAUCAUAAAGCUCUCCGAUUUGUUCAAUGGCGCCGAUUUGCGGAAUAUAUGCACGGAGGCCGGCCUGUUUGCUUUGCGUGCCGAUAGGGAGUAUGUCAUGCAAGAGGAUUUCAUGAAGGCGGUACGCAAGAUCGCAGACAAUAAGAAGCUGGAAUCGAAGCUUGACUACAAGCCCAUUUAGGAAUUGGAUUAACAUCUUGUCAGAGUUUAAUAAGAAUCAAUAAAUGACUAAUGUCCAUA